AUGUACGCGGGGCGCAGGCGGAGGAAGCCGCUGCCGCGGGCGACGCGGCCGGGCGCGGCCGAAGGCGGCAGCUCCAACCCGUCCAAGCGGCACCGGGAGCGGCUGAAUCGGGAGCUGGAGCGGCUGGCGGGGCUCCUGCCCUUCCCGCCCGACGUGGUGGCCGGGCUGGACAAGCUGUCGGUGCUUCGCCUCAGCGCCGGCUUCCUGCGCGCCAGGAGCUUCUUCGGCGUGACUCUGAAGAAUGGCGGUGCCGAAGAGGUGGAGGGGGACGGAGACUGCGGCAAUGGACCCGCUCCAGCCUCGGCAGCCGUGCCGGAGGGAGAGCUGCUCCUACAGGCACUGAAUGGCUUUGUGCUGGUGGUGACAUCAGAAGGGCUGAUAUUUUACUCCUCACAUACGAUUCAGGACUAUCUGGGAUUUCAUCAGACAGAUGUCAUGCACCAGAGUGUCUUCGAGCUCAUCCACACCGAGGACCAGCCGGAAUUCAGGCGCAACCUCCACUGGGCCCUCAACCCACCACACGCUCCCGAGGGUGAGCCUUCCCCAGGAGGGGGGAAAAGCCUUGGCUCUUCUGCUGGGAUCUACAAGCCGGAUCAGCUGCCCCCAGAAAACUCCUCCUUCCUGGAAAGGAGCUUUGUGUGCCGUUUUCGCUGCCUCCUGGACAGUUCCUCUGGCUUCCUGGCUUUAAACCUGCAAGGCAGGUUGAAAUUCCUUCAUGGGCAGAACAAAAGGUCCGAAGACGGGUCUGCACUGCCCCCCCAGCUCGCUCUCUUCGCCAUCUCCACCCCGCUGCAGCCCCCGUCCAUCCUGCAGAUCCGCACCAAGAACAUGAUCUUCAGGACCAAGCACAAGCUGGACUUCACCCCCUUGGCGUGUGAUGCCAAGGGGAAGAUCGUCCUGGGCUACACGGAGGCGGAGCUGCGGAUGUGCGGCACCGGCUACCAGUUCGUGCACGCCGCCGACACGCUGUACUGCGCCGAGAACCACGUCAGGAUGAUGAAGACGGGGGAGAGCGGGCUGACGGUGUUCCGGCUGCUGACGAAAGAGAACCGCUGGAAGUGGGUGCAGGCCAACGCUCGGCUCGUCUACAAGAACGGCAAACCCGAGUACAUCGUGGUCACCCAGAGACCCCUCGUAGAUGAAGAAGGAGGAGAGCACCUUCGGAAACGGUCCAUGCAUCUUCCAUUCACCUUUGCCACAGGAGAGGCGCUCCUAUACCAAAGUGCGUAUCCUCUCCUGGGCUUCCCUGAUCCUUUCCAGAGCAAAGGGAAAACCAGCAAGUCCAAGAAGACCUCCUGCAGCCCUGGAGGGCGCUCCCAGAAGAAUGGUGUUGACCCCAGUUCUCUGCUGGGCGCUGUGAUGCGACAGGACAAGGCAGUGUACGCCUCCCACACAGCUCCCACUCCUAAUCCCUCCUGCAGUAGCAGUUUCCACCUCGAAGAUGUGUCCGUGCCAGAUGCAGGAAGGGAUACCUGGAGUAUGGGUGCUGCUCCAGUUUCUUCAAGAGGGAACAACCUCAAAGAGGAGCUGCUGGAUUCACAGCAGGAGGACCCUCUCUUGGCCACCUUGGACUCGCUGUCAAUUAAGAGCGACGAGAGCUGUUCCAACAACGAGCUCUUCAGUGCACUGGAGGGGCUGGGGUUGAAUGCAGAGGACCUGGAUCUCCUGCUGCUGGAUGAGAAGAUGGUGAUGGUCAAUGUGGACCCAGAGCCCUCCCCAUCCCUGAAAGACAGCCUGGCCAGCAACCAGAUUCUCUCCUACAUCCACAGCCCUCCAGUGGACAAGCACGAGGGAGGGCAACAGGCAUGUUCCCUGCCAGGCUUGUCCCCGAGCCCACGGGGAGGCCCUGCUCUGUCCCCCUCAGAGAGUGAGGACCUGCCACAGGGUGUGGUGCAGCCCAGCCCUGCCCUGGGCCAGCUGUGGGAACAGCCUCUCCACGCUGUGCCAGGGCUGCUGCCAGAGGAGGAAGGGCCGUCGGAUGGCUCUGGCUCACAGUGGAGACCAACUGGGGAGGAGGCUCUGCUCUGCUUCCUCCAGCCAGCGCAGGGCAUCCCAUGGGACAAGGCCCCCAGCUCACCCACAGGAGCCCCCUGCAGGCAGGAGCCACCCAGGGCUCGGUGGCUUGAGAGUGACUAUCCAGCUGUGCAGCCCAUCCAGGAGGAUGCUCACGGGUCCUUCUCCCUGCCCAGCCAGUGCCAGGACCGUGUGGGAUGCCCCGGCUGUCCGAAACACCGUCACUCACUGCUGAACGGGCUGUGUGGCCACAGCCCUGACUCCCCUCCACACCUCCUCCCCAGCAGCAGCAGCAGUCCCAGCCCGUGGCAGGACUAUGUUUCCCCACUCCUGGGGUCUCCAGCUCAGCCCGGUUUUUAUGGCAUCACCCAAGACUUCACCUCCCAGCACCAGGGCUGCUUGGGUCCAGGGCCUGGCCUGCUGCCACAGCACUUCAACCUGAACGGAUCAUGCAGCGUGGAAACCACAGGCAGCGGGGACUCCCGGGAGGAGAUGGCUCUGUACACCAGUUUUUUUCCCCCUUCCUACCAGCUUAUUUCCGAAAAGCAGCUGAGCCCUGUUCCCUCCAUGCCACAGCACCCUUUCCCGAGCUCAGCUGCAGGGCACUUCAGGAACAUCGGCAGCCUGGAGACCCUGAAUUCCUGCGGGCCGUACACCUCUGCUCUGAGCCAGGAGGGCAGGCACAGGACCCACAGCAGCUGUGGUUUGCCCAGCUCUCCCAUGGGACUCCCUGAAGAACACCCGGUGCUGGGAGGAAGCCUGGCACCUCCCUGCCAGCCUCAGCCCCAGGCAGAAGUGCUGCCAGAUCACCCUCAUGCCUCCAGUGGGGACUUCUGUCUCUAGGAGAGACUGGAAUGGACAAAGCAGGACUAUUCCCUAGGGAAGGAGCUGCCUUCAAGUUGCAGACACCAAACCUCCCCAGCUGCCGUGCUCUUGAUGUUGGUUGCUUUGGCUCAGCUGGGGCUUCUUUGCCCUUUUAUCAACUUGCCACCAUCCUGCUCCAUGUGCCAUUCUUGUGGAGGGGUCCCCGGCCUGGGGAGGGGCCAUAGCAGGCAGCAGGGCUGAAGGACAGAUUUCCCAGGGCAUUGGGAGCAUGCUGGGCUGUGAUGCAGGUCUCGUUCAGGAGUUGAGUGGCUCUUGGUCAGCUGGAGGAUCUCAUUUAUCUUGCUUGCUGUGUCUCAUCGUACCCAUCCAACCUCCUGAAUGUGGUUUUUUUGGUGUGUUUUGCCAGACUUCUGGAAAGCCAGGUUGCUUCCCUGGCUGUGGCUUGUCUCCCAUGGUCUGUUAGGCCCUGGCAGUGCCUGUGCCAGGCAGCCCUGGCCCUCAAGGACAGGGUUUUGGAUGGCUGGUGUCCUCCAGCUUUACCAAAGCUUUGCAUUUCCAUGCAUGAUCCAACACAGAUGCAAUACCUGUGUGUCCAAAAAACAAGAGAGAGAAAAGGUUUUCGCCUCUGGUAUUAAAUUCCCUGCCAUCCCAGCCAGGCAACUGUGGCUGUGGCAACAUUGUACAGAUAGUGCCUGUUUUAUAAGGAAAAGGAGCCCUGUUUUGUGUUCUUGUGUCCCAUGGUUAGGAUCCAGAUUAGAGCUCUUGUAGCCAGCACCCUGGGGUUUGUUGUCCUGUACGUGAUGUGCCCAGGUUGGCUGCUCAGCUGGUUUUCUCCUGGAUGAUGGGCUCUGAGGUACCUUCAGACUUCAAGUCUCAAAGUUUUUGGUUAAAAAAAAGAAAAUUUCAGUAAGAUAAAGAAAAUAAGGGUAAUGAUUCUUAAUUUUACAUACUGAGAAAGUGGUAUUUCCCCACAGAACAUAACUACAGCCCAUAUAUGUGUAUAUAAUAUGAGCUGACAGGUUUAUUUUUAUGCUCCUCCAGUGGAGGAAGAAACAGCUUCUUACCAUCCCAAAGUUACAUCCUUUGGAAGGGGAUGAAGAGACUGUUUAAAAGAUCAGAAACACAGUGACCCUUUAAGAAACCUGACAAAGCUCAUCCCUCCUCCUGCGUGUCCAGCUUUGGUUUCAUGUGAAUUUCUAUGCUUUCAAUAAAUGGCUUUAGAGCU